CUUCCAGAAACCAUGAUUUCGAAGGGGAAUGAUUGCUUAGAUGCAGCGAAAGCCUGCAACCUGGACGAUACGUGUAAGAAGUACCGCUCGGCGUACAUCACACCCUGUACCAACAGCAUGUCCAAUGAGGUCUGCAACCGCAGGAAAUGCCAUAAAGCUCUCAGGCAAUUCUUCGACAAGGUCCCGGCAAAGCACAGCUACGGCAUGCUGUUCUGUUCCUGCAAGGACUUCGCAUGCACAGAACGAAGAAGGCAGACUAUCGUCCCUGCCUGCUCCUACGAGGAGAGAGAGAAACCAAACUGUUUAAACUUGCAGGAAUCCUGCAAAACCAACUACAUAUGCAGGUAAGUGGUCUCUCUGUCCCCAGCUCGGCGCGCACUCUUAUAAUAACUGCACUGCAGGCUCAUUGAAAUUCUCAGCAUUGCAGUAAAUGCACUCAAUGUAUAUUUCAAUUAUAGCAGAAUUCUAUCUAUUCCAAAGCUUUUCCUGUUAUGGGUUGGUAGAAUACAGAUGGUGUUUUCUGGUAUAGAGCAGUUGUGAAUGCUAUAGAGGGCCACACCUUCCAAGGGUCCCUAUGUAGGAGGGACAGUCACUAUUGUGGUCCCAUUUGUGAUUCCUCCUCCCCCUUUUUAAAUCUUAAUGUCCCUUUUUUCUGGGAAACAAAUGUUUUUGGUGUGUCUGAGCGAGUACCCAAGCUUCACAGCAAUACGUCUCCCAGUUAUGUGUCUUUAUUCUGCAAUAAAUGUAUUUAUAAACCUGUGUAAAUAAGAUACUUUGUUCUUUUUCUAAAUUACAUUUUCGGUUCAUAAAUAGUUUUCAGAAGGUCUUGAAGGCACCUAAAAUGUCCUGGAAUAGUUAAGUUCUGUCAGAUUUAUCUGCCCCGUCAGAAUUCCCCACCCACGUCACGUCCGGUGACACGGAGUCAGCUGUUCCCUGUGCUACACAUGCGUGCUAGCAUUCCUAACAGUUAGAGAAAUCUGAUGCAGGCUGAGAGCAUGCGCGAGACCAUAGUCACUCCCGAUGACGAAACAUGGACUGGUAACUCCUCAGAGAGGUCCUGCACGGUAAGUAAAUCCAGACUCACGCUCACAUUAUAGUUAAGGCAUUCACUAAAGAACAGGCACAUGGGACAUUUAGGGUUAAUGUUAGUGUUAAUAUUAUGGUUAGGUAGCUAAUUUAACCUCUCUCUCACUUAAUCCUAGGAGUACGGCUUAAAUUAAUUCUAUACAUAAUUUCAAAAUCUUUACCCAUCAAGAGUGCCAGCACAGGGACAGCUGAUCUGCCUCACCAGACGUCAUGGGGGUAGAAAUUUCUGAUGGGUAGAGAAAUCUGACAGAACACCGGCACACAAUUUAAUUCACUUAUAUUCCUAAAUGUUGUCAAGGCACAGCCUGGCACACAAUGUAAAUUACUUAUAUCUCAUGAUGCUGUCAAGGCACAGCCUGGCACAUAAUGUAAAUUAAUUAUAUCUCAUGAUGCUGUCAAGGCACAGCCUGGCACAUAAUGUAAAUUACUUAUAUCUCAUGAUGUUGUCAAGGCACAGCCUGGCACAUAAUGUAAAUUAAUUAUAUCUCAUGAUGCUGUCAAGGCACAGCCUGGCACAUAAUGUAAAUUACUUAUAUCUCAUGAUGCUGUCAGGGCACAGCCUGGCACACAAUGUAAAUCAUUUGUAUCCCAUUAUGCUGUGCCAUCAAUAGAGUGAUUUUCAAAUGAUGCAAACUAUGUGAUCCAUUAAAAGUUUUAUAAAAAUGUUAAAAGCACAGCUAAAAAGUUUACCCUUCUGUUAGGACAUUUAUUUAUACAUUGUUGACAACAUAGGUUUUAUUAUUAGUAUAUACAUGACGCCAACUUAUUCCGUAGCGCUUUCCAAUAUUAUUGAGGGGGAACUGUAACAAUAAAUGAGACCAUUAUAAACUGUGUUAGGAACAAUAGGUUGAUGAGGACCCUAAUCGAAUGAGCUUACAGUGUAGCGCCAACAUACUUAUUUUAGUGUCCAUCACUCUAAAUCCAAUAUUACAUCUGGAAAUAUUGUUACCCUAAAAGAAGAGGGCAGCAUCUGAUUCCCAGCUCGGGGACGUACUCCUGGGACUGAGGGCUAAUGCGGCAUCACUUGGGGGAGUGCAGCUUGUGGAGCCUAAUGGGGAAUGUUGCGGUCACCAUAACUGCUGCAGGUAGGAUUCUGCCUCUUAUCUACCGCUGGUUUAAGAUAAUGUACGGCUUUGUUGGUGCUCACAUCUAUUUUAUUCAUAUUAGAGUGGAAUUGAAUGGAUUGUCGUGUUGUGUAAAUCACUAAUCUGACGGCCAUUUCUACUGGGUUUGCCAGAAUUGCUCCGAAUCCUGUGUUCAUGGUGAAGGCUUAUCACUGGCAGUGCAGCUUGUUUUGUAAUAUAAUCACCGUACCAACAUGGUUAAACUUUAAAACCUCUGACCUCUAAGGUCAAACUAUUAAAUCACGCAGGGCCGCAAUCACGUGGGUACAGCCAGUAGAGCUGCAUGGAGCCCGGGCCCUAUAACCCCAAUGUGCUUAUAUAUACAUAGGGUGUCACCAUAUAUAUAUAUAUAUUUAUGCACCUGCGGGCCCCUGCUGGCAUGUUUAGUAAAGAGGGGGCCCAGCAGACUCCAUCUUGCACCUCCGGGCAGUAUCCUCUCUCUUCCUUAGUCACAGCUAAUAGGUAUGAAGUUGGGAUAAGCUGGAUUACAAGUUAAAACUACUCCCCUACCCACAGCCCCUAUCAUCCUUGUUGGGAAGGACUCGGGGCCAGGCCUUGAGCUGUGUGAGGAGCCCCAACAUUUCUGAUGGCAAAUUGGAUGUUUUGUAUGUGAAACAUUGUAUUAAUUUGGAGCUGGUAAACCAACAUAAUUCUUAUAAACUGCUCUAAUAGUUUAUUUAACUGUUGGGCAAUACAUGAAAAGGGCCUUCAUUUGAUUUAUUGGGGGGGAGGGAGGAUAAAUGUGGAGUGGAUCUCAUUCAAACUACCAUAACUACCAUAAGGUAUAGAUGAAUUCUGCAAGCGUUCUGGGAGCACCAUUUAUGUGCCUUCCAACAGUGUUAGGAAAUCAAGUGACUACAACGACAAUGGGGUCUAUUUGUCAAACUUGGAUAUGCGGAUGUAGAGGAAGGAGAUAGUCCAUUUGUCUGUUGGUUGGGAUUAUUGGGAGUAGUAAUUUAUAUAAACCCCAUUCUCUGCAUACUGCAGUAAAUAACAGGCGUUGGAAAGUUAACCUUGUAUUUGGUGGUGUUCUAUAUAAACCAUUACAUGAUGUGGGUAUUCCAGCACGGCCGACCUUGUACACUCAGAAAUGUUGGAAGAGAAAGACGUUUAGCGAUAGAUCUCUAUCUGUUUCAUUUUACAAUGUGCUGCAGAAGGCAUCGUCUUGGCCAGUAACAUACAUAACACUGACAUGGUUUGUAUGGAUGUCUGCAGGCGGACAAGGCAGUAAUGCACGUUUUCCCUAAAUAAUGAAAAUUACAGAGUCAGGGACAAUGAAAUGUGUAAAACCAGAUCACAGGAAGAGCUAACGCAAUCAAUCUAAUUAUCUUCUAAUUUCUUCUCUGAGCAAAACAAUCAGUAAGUAACCGUGCAAGCACACAGACUCGGACAGGAAGGAAAUAUUACCAGGAAAUUAAGACAAAAAUUAUUUUUUCACUUUAUUAUUCUUAGUCCUUGCAAUCAGGUGAAAUCUCAUAUUGGGCAAAAUCUGUGCGAUUCGCGGCUGUUGGACUCUCCAUUUUUUUAUUAUUCCCGGAGGUUUGUUGAAAUAAAAAUUGCAUAUGUGAUAUUUCUGGACACAUUAAUAACACCAGUGAGACGUCAGAUCACAAUCCCACCAUUUACAAACUCUCCGUCCAGUGCUCAGUACACUCAGGUUUCAGCAAUCUCAGUCUGGCUGAAAGAGAGUUAAAAAGGAACUUUAAAAUACUUUUCUUACUAUCGACCAAAAUCCCUAAAUAUGUCAAAAGUCACUUUAUGAGCUGUACAAUCAACGUUUACUUAUUUAACAGUUUAGUAGAUAUAUCUGAAAAGCAAACACAUGUAUUUUUAUUUCCAUGUUUUGUUUCCGCUAUGUGGGAAAUUAGCUCGCAAUAGCUGCAGAUCUGGUGUCUGCAGCCAUUACAAACCCUGCCCUCAACCUGUGAGACACUGUUUUUUUUAAACCUGUUUUAACAAGGAUAACAUUUCUGGGUAGUUUGGUAAAUGUGGAUUGAUAGCGAAACAACUCCAGAUGUAAUGUACGCCUUAAUAUGGGAAUAGCAGAGAUAAAUUACACUUGCAGUUAUGACCUACAUUUCCCAAGAUGCUUUGCCAACCUUAAACUGUGAUGAAUUUUAAGUAAUUUCUAAAUUCUAGACCAAAGUAGCAGUUUAGGGAUAAAACUCCCACUUUGGGAAAGUGUGAGAUAGUUUGUAUCCCAGCUGUUCCAGCUGUCAUCUCAUCACAUCUCACUGUUUAGUACCCCCUAAACAUCUGUCUGGUUUCUGAAUUCUGGGUGUCCACCUGCUGAGAAUUGCUACAAACUGCAGACUUUAUGGGAUGUUGCAGCAUUCUUGUUUAGAAAAUCAAUGACUGGAAUAUAAAGUGUUUGCCAUUUACUGACUCCUACUUUCACAAUACAAUUCUCUGUCACAUAAUGAAUGUACAAAGUGAUUGGCAGAGUGCAGAUACUAGCAGACUACAUUACCCAUGAUGCUUUGCCAGCUGGAUACUUUGACAGGCAGCGUCCAAAAACCAUGUACGCAUUUCUUUUAUGUUUUUUAUUGGAGUUAUUUUAUGUUUGUAUAACUUACUCAGAUUACACUAAAACAGCUGAAUUAAAUGUUUUUUUGCCAAUUCAGCUAUUUUUGUUGGGAUUUUUAGAGUCAGAAUUAGCUCACAACAACUGUCUGGUGAAAAGACCCCUAAUCCCGCCGGGUCAUGAAAUUAUGAAGCAGCUUUAUGCUCCAUACGGCCAAAUUAUUGUCACCACAAAUCCAUUGUGCGAGAAAUGAUGAUUAUAUGAACCGUCUGCUCAUGUGAUAUGUGCCAGCAUCGCACAGAGCUUUCUGUUUGGAAAUAAAAAGUGAAAUCCUAUUAUAUGAGCUCAGAUAUAAAACAUGUAUUCAUAAAACGGACCGGACACACAGAACUUACAUUCAUCGAUUAUAUUUCUAUCGUUUGAUGAAAACUUCUGUGCAGAUAUCUCCCUGGUUGAUUUGUAGUAAGAGAUGCAUCUCUAUGUACACCUGGAUUUAUUACCAUUUUAGUUAUAUUUUUGUACAUACGGCCAUUUUCUACUUUGGAGAAGCACGUUAAACCCUGUUUAUUUGGCUGUGCCAACCAUAUAAUAAGCUUCAGUGAGCCCUUGCACAGGCUGAACAUUAUAGGAGUUGUAGUUCACACCAGCUGCAUAUUUAGAAGUUAGCCAUCGCUGGGGCCACCAUGCGAGGUUACCGCUGUGCGGUAAACGUUCUUUAUCUUUAACUAAUUCAAUUGAUACAUUUUUUAUUUCCUAUUAAAUUAUCGCUGCCUAGUAGAACUGAACUCUCAAAGCUUAAAUGAAAUAGAAACGCAAAUCCAAUAAAGUAUUUACUGUUUUCUCAUUCCACAUAGACAGUUCAUAAACUUUAAUUGUUUUGCAGAAAGUUAAAUAAGCUGAAAUAAAGUGUACAUGGCUUCUGAAUUACGAGAAGUUCAGUAAUACUGAGAAUAUUAACCAUUCAGUAUGGUAGAGCUAUCCGAUAUAUCGCUCACUCGCUGUGCUCCCUCUAAGCAGUCUGAUCUAGUAUGGUCUAAUAUAUCGCUCACUAGCCGUGCUCCCUCUAAGCAGUCUGAUCUAGCAUGAUCUGAUAUAUCGCUCACUCACUGUGCUCCCUCUAAGCAGUCUGAUCUAGCAUGAUCUGAUAUAUCGCUCACUCGCUGUGCUCCCUCUAAGCAGUCUGAUCUAGCAUGAUCUGAUAUAUCGCUCACUCGCUGUGCUCCCUCUAAGCAGUCUGAUCUAGUAUGGUCUAAUAUAUCGCUCACUCGCUGUGCUCCCUCUAAGCAGUCUGAUCUAGUAUGGUCUAAUAUAUCACUCACUCGGUGUGCUCCCUCUAAGCAGUCUGAUCUAGUGUGAUCCGGUCUAAUAUCUGAUCUAGCUCACUCGCUGUGCUCCCUCUAAGCAGUCUGAUCUAGUAUGGUCUAAUAUCACUCUCCCUCUAAGCAGUCUGAUCUCGCUGUGCUCCCUCUAAGCAGUCUGAUCUAGUGUGAUCCGAUAUAUCGCUCACUAGCCGUGCUCCCUCUAAGCAGUCUGAUCUAGUGUGAUCUGAUAUAUCGCUCACUCACUGUGCUCCCUCUAAGCAGUCUGAUCUAGUAUGGUCUAAUAUAUCACUCACUCGCUGUGCUCCCUCUAAGCAGUCUGAUCUAGUAUGGUCUAAUAUAUUGCUCACUAGCCGUGCUCCCUCUAAGCAGUCUGAUCUAGUAUGGUCUAAUAUAUCGCUCACUCGCUGUGCUCCCUCUAAGCAGUCUGAUCUAGUAUGGUCUAAUAUAUCGCUCACUCGCUGUGCUCCCUCUAAGCAGUCUGAUCUAGUAUGGUCUAAUAUAUCGCUCACUCACUGUGCUCCCUCUAAGCAGUCUGAUCUAGUAUGGUCUAAUAUAUCGCUUACUCGCUGUGCUCCCUCUAAGCAGUCUGAUCUAGUAUGGUCUAAUAUAUCACUCACUCGGUGUGCUCCCUCUAAGCAGUCUGAUCUAGUGUGAUCCGAUAUAUCGCUCACUAGCCGUGCUCCCUCUAAGCAGUCUGAUCUAGUGUGAUCCGAUAUAUCGCUCACUCACUGUGCUCCCUCUAAGCAGUCUGAUCUAGUAUGGUCUAAUAUAUCACUCACUCGCUGUGCUCCCUCUAAGCAGUCUGAUCUAGUAUGGUCUAAUAUAUCGCUCACUCGCUGUGCUCCCUCUAAGCAGUCUGAUCUAGUGUGAUCCGAUAUAUCGCUCACUAGCCGUGCUCCGUGCUCCCUCUAAGCAGUCUGAUCUAGUAUGGUCUAAUAUAUCGCUCACUCGCUGUGCUCCCUCUAAGCAGUCUGAUCUAGUAUGGUCUAAUAUAUCGCUCACUCGGUGUGCUCCCUCUAAGCAGUCUGAUCUAGUAUGGGGUCAUUUAGUCCCCUUUUUUGGCUCCAAACCUCCGAUAGCCUAUCACCACAUCCUGAUUGUGAGGCUAUACACCAUCCCCAGGAGCAAGCUACUGCCAAGGCUGCAACAACGAUCUCCUCCGACACUGCUGAUCCAACCUCUAGGCUAUCUCCAUGUCCUCAUUGUGAGGCCAUACACCAUCCCCAGGAGCAAGCUACUGCCAAGGCUGCAACAACGAUCUCCUCCGACACUGCUGAUCCAACCUUUAGGCUAUCACCAUGUCCUCAUUGUGAGGCCAUAGACCAUCCCCAGGAGCAAGCUACUGCCAAGGCUGCAACAACGAUCUCCUUCUGCACUGUUGAUCCAACUGCUGGGACAGAAGCCCAUAUAGGCCCCUUUUCUGGCUCAAAACCUCUCACCAAGCCUCCACUGGGCUAUCCCCACGUCCUCAUUGUGAGGCCAUAGACCAUCCCCCGGAGCAAGCUACUGCCAAGGCUGCAACAAUGAGGCUGCGUAAAUGUCCUUCCUUAUAGCAAUAGUACUAUUAACACCGCUAAAUUCCACAGAAGUUCUUUAUAAAGGAUUUUCCAAUAAACCGAAUUGUUGAAAACUGAUAAGGCGGCUGCAAAUCGUGGCUGAGAAUAGCCAAGCUCACUAAACUCUCCAUCCUAGACCUUUUCCAGAUUUAUCUAUUUUGCCUUAAAAUGUACAAUUCUUUCAUCAGGUCUCCACCACCCCCAGCUUAUUGAAUAAACUGUGAGUUACAUCUACUGUAUUAAAAGCAUAUUACAUUUUACUUGUAAAAAGCUUAGUCUGUAAGUUUAUAGUGAUGGUUGAUCUGUCGCUGUUAAUGAAACGCAGACUUAUACAAAGUGUACUUCUUAAAUUCCAUUAUUCUUUAGUAUUGAGGAUAUUAAUAAAAUGUAUUCCCCAUGGCCCAUCUUAGAGGCUGUACUGUUCCUCGUUCCAAAUAAAUCUGGGUCAGGUUUAUUAUAAAUGAAGUCUUAUCUGGGGAGGAAAAUGGGAUAUUUUUAACAUUUAUGGCAUGAUCUGUCUGUCUGCUGUCUUCAAGUCUCUCAUUCACUCCUUUCUUCCUUCCAAUCAAUGUAUUGAUUUUGGUCUCUCUCUCUCUCUCUCUCUCUCUCUCUCUCUCAUUGUAUUCCCCUUUACUUGUACUCUCUAUAAUGCAGUUUGCUGACAAGAUGAUAAUCGCAAAGAUGGCUGUUUCUAUGCUACCAAACCUAACAUUUAGUAAGUGGCAGCUGCCCAACGUUUUAACAUUUCCCAUGAAGAUUAACAGAAACAUAGACUGUGAUGGCAGAAAAGAACCGUUCAGCCCAUCUAGUCUGCCCAAUUUUCUAAAUACUUUCAUUAGUCCCUGGUAAAUGCUAACCAGGGCCUGGUGUUUGUGCUCGAUGGUAAAGUUUACCAUUUGUCGCUAUCUGAUAAAAAAAAUUCACUUCUCUUGUCUGUGUAAGAUACUGUAAAGAUAAAAUAGGAAAAGUAGUUACUAACAACUAACUAAAAUAAUAAAUGUAUUCUCAUUUCAGGUAGUAGGAGUUUUCACUAAAUAUACCUUGCGUAAAGGUGCAAUGGAGAAAAAAUAAUUUAUAUUACCCUUUGGUUACUUCCUUAUGACUCUUAUCCGAAACGAUUGCUAGCUCACUUGUUCCAUCACAGUGGGAACCUAUGGCAUUAAUACAGGGAGUGCAGAAUUAUUAGGCAAAUGAGUAUUUUGACCACAUCAUCCUCUUUAUGCAUGUUGUCUUACUCCAAGCUGUAUAGGCUCGAAAGCCUACUACCAAUUAAGCAUAUUAGGUGAUGUGCAUCUCUGUAAUGAGAAGGGGUGUGGUCUAAUGACAUCAACACCCUAUAUCAGGUGUGCAUAAUUAUUAGGCAACUUCCUUUCCUUUGGCAAAAUGGGUCAAAAGAAGGACUUGACAGGCUCAGAAAAGUCAAAAAUAGUGAGAUAUCUUGCAGAGGGAUGCAGCACUCUUAAAAUUGCAAAGCUUCUGAAGCGUGAUCAUCGAACAAUCAAGCGUUUCAUUCAAAAUAGUCAACAGGGUCGCAAGAAGCGUGUGGAAAAACCAAGGCGCAAAAUAACUGCCCAUGAACUGAGAAAAGUCAAGCGUGCAGCUGCCACGAUGCCACUUGCCACCAGUUUGGCCAUAUUUCAGAGCUGCAACAUCACUGGAGUGCCCAAAAGCACAAGGUGUGCAAUACUCAGAGACAUGGCCAAGGUAAGAAAGGCUGAAAGACGACCACCACUGAACAAGACACACAAGCUGAAACGUCAAGACUGGGCCAAGAAAUAUCUCAAGACUGAUUUUUCUAAGGUUUUAUGGACUGAUGAAAUGAGAGUGAGUCUUGAUGGGCCAGAUGGAUGGGCCCGUGGCUGGAUUGGUAAAGGGCAGAGAGCUCCAGUCCGACUCAGACGCCAGCAAGGUGGAGGUGGAGUACUGGUUUGGGCUGGUAUCAUCAAAGAUGAGCUUGUGGGGCCUUUUCGGGUUGAGGAUGGAGUCAAGCUGAACUCCCAGUCCUACUGCCAGUUCCUGGAAGACACCUUCUUCAAGCAGUGGUACAGAAAGAAGUCUGCAUCCUUCAAGAAAAACAUGAUUUUCAUGCAGGACAAUGCUCCAUCACACGCGUCCAAGUACUCCACAGCGUGGCUGGCAAGAAAGGGUAUAAAAGAAGAAAAUCUAAUGACAUGGCCUCCUUGUUCACCUGAUCUGAACCCCAUUGAGAACCUGUGGUCCAUCAUCAAAUGUGAGAUUUACAAGGAGGGAAAACAGUACACCUCUCUGAACAGUGUCUGGGAGGCUGUGGUUGCUGCUGCACGCAAUGUUGAUGGUGAACAGAUCAAAACACUGACAGAAUACAUGGAUGGCAGGCUUUUGAGUGUCCUUGCAAAGAAAGGUGGCUAUAUUGGUCACUGAUUUGUUUUUGUUUUGUUUUUGAAUGUCAGAAAUGUAUAUUUGUGAAUGUUGAGAUGUUAUAUUGGUUUCACUGGUAAUAAUAAACAAUUGAAAUGGGUAUAUAUUUGUUUUUUGUUAAGUUGCCUAAUAAUUAUGCAUAGUAAUAGUCACCUGCACACACAGAUAUCCCCCUAACAUAGCUAUAACUAAAAACAAACUAAAAACUACUUCCAAAAAUAUUCAGCUUUGAUAUUAAUGAGUUUUUUGGGUUCAUUGAGAACAUGGUUGUUGUUCAAUAAUAAAAUUAAUCCUCAAAAAUACAACUUGCCUAAUAAUUCUGCACUCCCUGUAUGUCAAAAUGAUCCCACACACAAGGACCGUCAAGAACCGAUUUUAUCUGCAGAUCCCCGUGUAUGAAAUGGUCAGAAACCCUACACAAUCACUGUGGGCAAUGUUGGGCCUCGUUAGAUGUAGCAGACAUCCCCGUGGACACAGUGAGCAUUUGGCACACAUCUAGAUUACGAAAGUACUUCUCAAAUGUUUGCUCUACAAAGCUUAUCCAUCUCUUCCUUAUAAUAUUACUUUAUGAUUGUGGAUACAUUCACAGUCGAUUCUAAUGAUUGAUUCGAUUUAAGUAACACUAGCUGACGCAACUUGCAAUUUAUGGUGGCAUUUGUGCCACAAUCGAACAUCUCAAUCCAAAUUAAGAUUUAUCUCUCAGUAAAUUGAAAAAAUAAAUAACUUGCUGUAUUUCAAAUCGCUCUGGGAAACGCAGGCGGCGAUAUUACAAGCUUCCUUCUGUUUGUGCAAGAUAACGAAGCCUCAAUCUGAAUAAAUUUUGGUCUGAUUAAGGGCAGGCAGUCUGAGAUCUCAUAUCUCGGUUUUUGUAGAUAUAUCUUGCUGUCUAUUCCCUCCUGGAAGGUGAGGACAUUAAUCAUGAUGUGAGCCUAGGAUUGUGUGCUUUAUGCUCUGAGAUAAUCUUUCCUUUUGUGAGAUUCUGUUUGGACUCUGAGGAAAAUAUAUUUGCACGGAUAGGGUUAUGCAUGGACCUCCUGUUGCAUCAGGUGAUAUUUGCUGAUUUGUGCCACAGAUAUUGUUAACCUCUUUAGAGAAAUUAAAGAGUUUUCUUUGCAUAACAAUAUAGUGCUAGCCCUUCGAGGCGGGCAGGAGAUAGGAGCCAAACUGCUACGGUUUAUCUUUCUAAAGCUUCACAGAAAUGAAUUACAGGUUUUAAUAUUGGCUGACUGGUGGCGUCCGAUCUCUGCAUCCUCGAUAUAAGCCUCUAUGUUAUGCUUGUUUACUACUGAUCUGCUAUGUCUCCCCGGGCAGAGAUCUAGAGGAUGCUUUAGAACUCUUUAGUUGUUUCAUCCUUCCGUCAGUGUUCCAGAUCCUCUCACUUUAAAUAUUUACACUCACUGGUUACUUUAUUCUCUUCUUACACUUGAGAUAUUUAUAUAUAUGAAAUGUUAGUGUUUAUUCUUUUAUUUACUUACUCUCUGUCUUUUUUUUCACAGAGUUCCAAUUUCCUUUUUUUAACUGGUUUUAUUUUUCUUUAAUAAUCAAUUUCCUUUUCCCCCCCACUGUUUUUGUAUAAAAUGACUGACUCAUAUUUGAGAUGAUGAUGUGUUCCUUGUGGGCCAAUUGCCCCAGCUCUGCCUGGAAUGUCAAUGAGUGGGCUUUGCAUAUUCUUUUUGAUUUACUAAUUGCAUAAUUGCCGUUAAACUGCUCAUUGGAACAGAAUAUUUAAAUAGUUGGAGCUCCAUAUUAGCACGUGAGACAAGUCAUAGUAAAGUCAAAUAAACGAUUUCAAUUAUUAAAUUUUUAAUUAUUAUUGUUCAAGCUCAAUAGUGGAGCUGAUCUAGAGGUUAAAAUGGUUAAAUGUCCAUAGUACAGCAUAGUAUCGGGUGUUAUAUAAAUAAUUAUUAAUCAAUGAAUAAAACUCCACAGGUAAAUCCCGGUCGAUCUGUUGAGCUGGGAGUUGAUUAAGAGGAAUUUUAUUCGGACAAACUAUCCGAAAUGAAUUGUUGCACAAGUCUAAUAAUGAUAAAUACAUCUUGACUUCAGUAGCAGAACUACGUGGCUGCACUGGAGCCUGCAAGCUCAAAGGGCGCAUGCACUUGGAGCCACCCGAUGCCCAUUUUUGAUCAGGGGCCCAAUGAGGUGUUGCAGCCCCUUGCUGAGUGGGAAGCGGUGGUUAAAUAAUAAUUCAGAAAUAACCAAUCCUAUAGCGGAGCUGAAAAGAACAAUUAAAGGCUACAAAUAAAUACAACCAAUCGUACAAAGAGGGCUCGGAUUUUAUAUUUGUAUUUUUAACACAUCCAACAUCUGGAAUAAUUAAUAGAUUUUGCCUUUUCUCUUUGGUUGCCGAUUCCACCCACCGAUUAAUGGAUUCAAUUUGUCGAGCUUAGAGACGAAGACGCAGUUUAAGUUUUGUUCUGUAUUCCAUUCUGUUUCAAACUAACCAUCUAUCACCAACAUCUCGCAUUCUGAUAGAUUCAAACAUUAGUGUGUUCCCCAGAGAAGAACAAAGCAUGACGUGUCUCUGGUGUGCUCUAAAAAAACAACAUUUUAAACACAAUGUGAAAGAAAAUUGGACUAAACAUGUAAUAUAACCCUUGUCUUUAAUCAGCAAAGCCUUGUUUAUCUGUUUACUGAUCAAUGAACAUUUUAUGAUCGUUUUCCUCUAAGUGACCUCCUGAAAACCACUACCCAGCCAGCCAUUGAUCCUUGUUAGCUUCGAGGUCAUAAAAGCUUUAGAUGUACACAAAUCUGUUCUGGUUUUGUGAAAAAAGUGUUUACUUGUGUCUUUCAGAUUCUCUUUCUAUGUAAUAAACCAUCCUCUUGUAAUAAAAUAAUUAAAUGUUUGAAAAAACAACAUAUCUUUCCCCCAUUUCCCCAUCUCCUGGGUUACCAUCUGACAUUAACAGAAAUCGUACAUGGUUUUUAUUUCAUAAAUUCCAACCUGGAUUUUGUAGGAAUAAAAUCUAAUUAUCACCAAGCUAGAUUACAAUAAACAUUACCCAUUCACUUGUUCAGUUUUUAAUUUAAAACAACAAAAAAAUUGAUAAUAAUAAUGUUUAGACUGCAAAAUGAUUUCAACGGAUGUGUUUAAUUUAUGUAGAGCAAAAAAGGGGUUUGUUUUUACCUCGGCAUCGCGUUCCAAUUAUCAGCUUUUGUGUCCAAAAUGCAAGUUUUGUGAAUGUUCUGUAGCUAAAGAAACUGCAAUUCUUCCACAAAUGCUGAGUAAAUUUAAAUAGCCACAUAUACGGAAGGGUUAAUAUUUAUGUAGAGACCAUUUCAGUGCCGAUUCGCUAAACAUUUUUGGGAUGGACAAACUGAACUCGAAUGAACAUGUUGCUUGUGAAGUUAAGUAUUUAGAAUAAAAGUCUAUCCACUUAGAAUAUUGGGUGGUAUGUAAAUUGUAUAUUUCAGAAAAUAAGGAACUGACAUGUAUAUAAAACGAUGGCGUGAUGGAGUAGAGGUGAAUUUGAGUUGCUGUUAGUACAUCCACAGAUCUGAUGGUUUUCUAAUUCUUUUUUUCAGAUCUCGCCUCGCUCACUUCCUAACCGAUUGUCAGCCUGAUCUGCGUUCGGCCAGCGGUUGCUUGAAAGAGAAUUACGCUGAAUGUUUACUGGCCUAUUCAGGUCUCAUUGGUAAGAAAUACGAUCUUCAUUUUCUCAUGGAUAAUUAAUAUAAUGUAAAUGUAACUGUUUAUAAAGUAACUCAGGAGUGCACAGACUCCACUAUGCAUGGAGAGAGAAAUGUUUGUUUUAUCAGUGGGACUCAGCUAGAGUACACUGUUAGUACCUGUUGGCAAUUCUUCUUGGUAUAUUUUCUAGGACAUCUCAGGGUGUGUGUGAAGCUUGAUGGGAAACAUUAAAGCUAUUCUGUAGCCCCCAGUGGCAAGCUGGCUAAUAAACUCACUCAGAGUACAUGAAAUCAUUACAUUGUAAUUAUUCAGGCAAUGGGCAGGCUGAAGGAGUUCAGGAUUUACAUCAGGAACACAUCGUUCAGGAUUUACAUUUGGAGGAUGGGAAUUGGGUGGUUAUGAAGUCACUAGUCCACAUCAUUUAUACAUUAAUGGAAGAGGUAGGAACUGCACAGUCACGAUCUGGUAACUAGCCCGUCCCAUGGAGAAGAAGGCAGAUCAACAGACUACACCUUCAUACCAACUGUGGGUCUUCUUCUGUAAUGUCAGCGUACAACAUCGGUGUAGGAACAAAUCUAAGGAGGAGAGCCUUUCAUAGUAAUCCCAUCCCCACUUGGAGAGAUACAUCUUCUCAGCUUUUUGUAGGCAAAUCAAUCUAUUAUUACUCUGGAGUCUUUAAAAUAGUAUGUGGUUGCCAACUUCUUUAACGUAGUCUUGUGUUUCUUAUCUGUAGUAAACAGUGAAACAUAUAACCUUUUUAAAUUUAUUAUUUAUUUAUUUAUAAAAUAUUUUACCAGGAAGGAUACAUUCCUGGUAAAACAUUGCAUUGAUACAAUAGGGUACAAAACAUUGCAUUGAUACAAUAGGGUACAAUAAAAUACAAAAACAAUAUUAAUACACAAUAAAUACAAAAUUUAACAUAGAACAGGUAGGAAAUAUAUAAUCAACCAUGACAGGGGCAUUCUGUUUUGAGGUAUGUAGAGAGGGAUAUCUUAAAGGACUUUAGGCCUGGGGAAGAUUUGAAAGUGUGCGGGAGGUCGUUCCACAAUUGCGGUGCUCUGUAGGAGAAGGAGGAUCGGGCUGCUUUCUUUUUGUAUUGAGGUAGACUAAAUAAAGUGCUGGUACUGGAUCGGAGCUUAUAGAAAGUGGGAACAGCCGAGGGGAGCAUUCUGCUCAGAUAGGGCGGGAGCUUCUCAGAAAAGCUCUUAAACAUAAAAACAGGCCUCACCUCACCCCACACUCAUAGCAAACAGGGGAUAGUGAAACACUGCAUUUAACAUUCUGCAGAAACUCCCAUGCCUCACCCCACACUAAAACUCAUAGCAAACAGGGGAUAGUGAAACACUGCAUUUAACAUCCUGCAGAAACUCCCACAACUCCCAGGCCUCACCUCAUAGCAAACAGGGGAUAGUGAAACACUGCAUUUAACAUCCUGCAGAAACUCCCACAACUCCCAGGCCUCACCUCAUAGCAAACAGGGGAUAGUGAAACACUGCAUUUAACAUCCUGCAGAAACUCCCACAACUCCCAGGCCUCACCUCAUACUCAUAGCAAACAGGGGAUAGUGAAUCUCUGCAUUUAACAUCCUGCAGAAACUCCCACAACUCCCAGGCCUCACCCCACACUAAUACUCAUAGCAAACAGGGGAUAGUGAAAUACUGCAUUUAACAUCCUGCAGAAACUCCCACAACUCCCAGGCCUCACCCCACACUAAUACUCAUAGCAAACAGGGGAUAGUGAAAUACUGCAUUUAACAUCCUGCAGAAACUCCCAGGCCUCACCCCACACUCAUAGCAAACAGGGGAUAGUGAAGCUCUGCAUUUAACAUCCUGCAAAAACUCCCACAACUCCCAGGCCUCACCCCACACUAAUACUCAUAGCAAACGGGGGAUAGUGAAGCUCUGCAUUUAACAUCCUGCAGAAACUCCCACAACUCCCAGGCCUCACCUCACACUCAUAGCAAACAGGGGAUAGUAAAGCUCUGCAUUUAACAUCCUGCAGAAACUCCCAUAACUCCCAGGCCUCACCUCACACUCAUACUCAUACUCAUAGUAAACAGGGGAUAGUGAAGCUCUGCAUUUUUUCCCCACCCAGGUUCCCCCUAAAUAUAUAGCAUGCUCCUCCAGCUGUUUGAGAUUCUCACUCAAUUACCUCUUCAUCCCCUUUAUAUAUUACCAAUAGCUGCUGUUAACUCUUUCAGCCAUCACCUCCAAACCUUUCCUUGCUACCUAUUGUUUCAAAUCCCCACGGUAUCCUUUAGAUUGUAAGCUCACGGGCCAUCUAGCCAAGCACGUUGUAUAAAAGAGCUCCAAUGGCUAGAUAUCAGCUUAUGGGCAGGGCGCUCUCUACCUCUUGUAUUUGCCUAUGUAUAUUGUACGUUCUCCACUAAUUGUACAGCGCUGCGGAAUCUGUUGGCGCUUUAUAAAUAGCAGUAAUGAAUAAAAACACAAGGCUGGAAAGAUUAAGUGUGAGUCUGGAUUCCAGCGACCGCCAGUUUAGUUAUAUUAUCACCUUAAAAUCUACCAACACCAAGAGGGAUUUUUUUCCCCUGUCUCCCCCUGUCUCCCCCUGUCUCAGUUCCUACACUCGUGGCGUACAAUUAAACAUUUAUAUAUUAUUAUCGACUCUCUCCUGCAGCACUUAAAGGGUUUCCAGCUAACCUCAGCUUUAGUCACGGGAUUUGUAGUUUUGCCAAACUGGUAUGUUACCUAUCUAGUGGCUUAAAGGGAACAAAGCUCGUAACGUGCUUUUUAUAGAAUGCCACAAUAAAUUGUAUCUCCGAUUUCUCCAAUAAACUAUAAUAGAAAAGUUUGAGAUGGAAAACUGGUAAAAACUUUGAACAGGUAAUAGGAUUCAUGUACGAAAGCGAGGACCGUAUAGAUCUUUCUAUUUACCAGAUACACACAGAUUGCUGAGAGGUUUAAUACUCUUUCUAUGUACGGCCAGAGACUUCUCACUGCUUGGGAGGCAGCCAAAUAUCAUCAAAAUGGAAUUACACACACAAAAAAAUCUUUAAAUGGCAUUUGUAAAUACAGAAAAGGUGUAUAGUAAUGUGUGUGUCUACACUGUCCUUCCUAAAUAGGACAAAAUAGGGAUUUAAAGCAGAGCCCUGCCUACAAACCAUGUCAAUCAAAGAGCCAGCAAUUGUAUCUCAACUCUCAGAACACGUGUUGACACCGUGACUAGCACUGGGUAUUUCAUGGCUCUCUGACUGAGAGGGCUUGUAGGCUGCACUAACUACUAACUAACUUACUCUGUCAGUUUAAGGCUGCAAAGACAGUGUCCUGGCUCUAUAACAUUUUAAUUAGCCGAAUGGGUGCAGUGCCUGUAUUAUCCCUUUAAAUGUUAUUAAUGUAAAUACCUGCUAGUUUAUUUUUAAGGAUUUGGCUAUUAAAUGAAAUACAAUAUAGGGGGGGACAUAAUUUGCCGUUCCAGUACAUGCAUAUAGACAAUAAAUAUGAUUCACUAAAUACUAUAUUUAUACCAAAUUAGCAGAGAUUUGAAAAAGUCGAAAUUCUCCUAGAUCUAUUUUAUACCCUACAUUUAGCAAAUCAUACAUCAUGUCACCUUGUAUGUUUAGUGAAUUUAGGCCACAUUGCAGAAUAUUUAAAUUUGUUUAUUCAGAAUACUCUCAUGGGUGAAAACAAAAUUGCAAACUUUUUCACAAAAAGUAUCAGUUUGGACAAUUGUACAAUUGAGGUACAGUCACAAUUCAGCUAUAUUAGGUAGUUUAAACUUUGCUGUUUAAUUGGUUGUUUAAUGAAUAUGUCCAAGAGUAAUGCUUUAUACAAGAAAUAUGAGGUCACAGAGUUUAUUCCCCAAAUUAUGUUGGAAUACAUUUCCCUUCAAUUGCUAAUAACUGCUAGUUACAAGUGCUGACUAACUACAACUGCUAGUUACAGCUGCUAUCUAACUAUUACUGCUAGUUAUAAGUGCUGACUAACUACAACUGCUAGUUACAGCUUCUAUCUAACUAUAACUGCUAGUUACAGCUGCUAUCUAUUACUGCUAGUUAUAGCUGUUGUCUAACUAUUACUGCAAGUUACAACUGCUGACUUACUAUUACUGCUAGUUACAGCUGCUAUCUAUUACUGAUAUUAACAACUGCUAUCUAACUAUUACUCAUAGUUACAGCUGCUAUCUAACUAUAACUGCUAGUUACAAGUGCUGACUAACUACAACUGCUAGUUACAGCUGCUAUCUAACUAUUACUGAUAUAAACAACUGCUAACUACUACUGCUAGUUACAGCUGCUGACACUAUUACUGCUAGUUACAGCUGUUAUCUAACUACUACUGCUAGUUACAGCUGCUAUCUAACUAUUACUGCUAGUUACAACUGCUGACUUACUAUUACUGCUAGUUGCAGCUGCUAAAUAUAAUUGCUAGUUACAGCUGCUAAUUUUCUAUACCUACUAGUUACAGCUGCUAUCUAACUAUUACUGAUAUAAACAACUGCUAACUACUACUGCUAGUUACAGCUGCUAUCUAACUGUUACUGCUAGUUACAAGUGCUUACUUACUAUACCUGCUAGUUACAGCUGCUGACUUACUAUACCUGCUAGUUACAGCUGCUAUCUAACUAUUACUGCUAGUUACAGCUGCUGACUUACUGCUAGUUACAGCUGCUGACUUACUAUACCUGCUAGUUACAGCUGUUAUCUAACUAUACCUGCUAGUUACAGCUGCUGACUAACUAUUACUGCUAGUUACAGCUGCUGACUUACUAUACCUGCUAGUUACAGCUGUUAUCUAACUAUACCUGCUAGUUACAGCUGCUGACUUACUAUUACUUCUAGUUACAACUGCUAACUAACUCUAAGUGCUAGUUUGAAAUGGCCUCAGUUCAUUCACUAUUUGUAACCUAGUAACGGUUGCACUAUUAACUCACCAAAUAAAAGAAAUCCCAAAUAAACCAUAAAUGAAAUAUUAAAGACGUUCUCCCUCUGCACGUUGUCUAUGAUACAGACCCAAUGCUGCACAACAUGUAACAGGGCCCAUUUACAUGAAGGUUAAAUUCUCAAUUACAUUUAAAGGAGAACCUUUUACGGGCCCAUCAGCAAGUCUCCCAAUUACACAUUAAGACACUUUAAAACUCUCAUUGCCACGGUCUGACAGGGACUCCAGAGAAUUGCUUCCUAAUACCAUUUAUUUCCAAGAUGUCUCGCAGAGCAAACAUUUAGAAAAUUCUUCAUUGAAGGAAGCGUUAGACAGGGCAUAUCGAUUCUACUAAUGAAAUGGGUUUUAUAAAUGCCCUCCUCACUGCUGCCCACUAUUACCUCCAUCCCUGGCAGAGCUCUGUGGAUCUGAAUGAAAGAUCUUUGUAAAUAUGAACCUGUUGUUGCAGUGGGUUUGAGUGUGUUAGAGCCUGAGAGGACCUGGGGGAGUUAGAGAGGGUGUGCUUGGCUUUGGUAAGUGGUGAUACCUACCUAUGCACUCGAUAGUAAAGAGGCAAACAUCCUAUCUGUUACCGACUUUCCACCUACUGGUUAUUAUUAAUCUCAUUCCGUGGAGCUGAACACAGAAUAUCCGGCAAUAGUAAGUAGGCUAUGUACUAUCGUGACUCCAUUCAUGCCUCCCUGCCAAUAUGGCCACUGUCAUUGUCAUAUCGAUCCAUGGGACCCCUAACAGAAGACGUUAUAAAGCUGCUUUUUAACUAAAGAUAUAUUUAAAUACAUAUAUUGUGUAGCUUAGUUUGGGAAUAGUUACAUGCGUUGCUUAUUUACCUUUUAUUCUGGGAUAUCUCAUGUCUAAUAAACAUAGCUUUUCUGGGUAACACCAUCUCACAGUUACUGGAAUACAGAGGAAUUGUGUCCAAGAUAAAUCAUUCAAAAUGAUUAGGAUUAAUAUUGCCAUUGACUCUGAAAAUAUAUAUUCGUGGGAUGGUAAUUUCCACAGAGUUUGAUUCGAUGUUAGGAGGAUAUUUGAAUCUCCUUCUACACCUGUACAUGAUGCCGGGAGUUAAAAUAACACGUUUUUACCAUUUCCUAUCCCUGCUCUUUGUAUCUUGAUUCAUUUGCAGUAUUUUUUUCCUAUUCUUUCCAGGCACAGGGAUCACCCCUAAUUACCUGGAGUCCAGCAGCCUUAGUGUGUCGCCCUGGUGUGACUGCAGCAACAGCGGAAACUACAUUGACGAUUGCUUGAAAUUCGUUAACUUCUUCAAGGAUAAUAUCUGCCUUAGUAAGUAUCACACAGCAUCCUCCUGGUACCCAGAACUUACUCCUAUAAACGUAACAUAG